AGCAUAUUUUAAUAAUUUCUUCUUUUUUUUUUUUCCCUUUUCAGGGAAAUCUGAUGAACCAAAUUGUGAUUGCGACCAGUUUCAUUGCGCUAAUGGGAAGUGUAUACCAGAAAGCUGGAAAUGUAAUAAUAUGGAUGAAUGCGGAGACAACUCGGACGAAGAAAUCUGUGCCAGAGCCAAUCCUCCGACAGCGGCUUCCUUUCAACCCUGUGCUCACAAUCAGUUCCAGUGUCUUUCUCGCUUCACCAAGCUUUACACUUGUCUUCCAGAAUCUUUAAAAUGUGAUGGUAACAUCGAUUGUCUUGACCUAGGAGACGAAAUAGACUGUGGUGUGCCAACAUGUGGGCAGUGGUUAAAAUACUUUUAUGGUACUUUCAAUUCUCCCAACUAUCCUGACUUUUAUCCACCUGGAAGCAACUGCACCUGGCUGAUAGACACUGGUGACCAUCGCAAAGUAAUUUUGCGAUUCACUGAUUUUAAACUUGAUGGUACAGGUUAUGGCGACUACGUCAAAAUAUAUGAUGGAUUAGAGGAGAAUCCACGAAGACUGCUGCGUGUGCUAACAGCAUUUGACUCUCAUGCUCCCCUCACGGUAGUUUCAUCCUCAGGACAGAUAAGAGUGCAUUUUUGUGCUGACAAAGUGAAUGCUGCAAGAGGAUUCAAUGCCACCUAUCAAGUAGAUGGCUUCUGUUUGCCCUGGGAAAUCCCAUGCGGUGGAAAUUGGGGUUGCUACACAGAGCAACAACGCUGCGAUGGCUACUGGCACUGUCCAAAUGGAAGGGAUGAAACCAACUGCACCAUGUGCCAAAGAGAUGAGUUUCCCUGCUCUCGAAAUGGUGUUUGCUACCCUCGUUCAGAUCGCUGCAACUACCAGAAUCAUUGCCCUAACGGUUCAGAUGAAAAAAAUUGUUUCUUCUGCCAGCCAGGAAACUUUCACUGUAAAAAUAACCGCUGUGUGUUUGAGAGCUGGGUUUGUGAUUCUCAAGAUGACUGUGGUGAUGGCAGUGACGAAGAGAACUGCCCAGUCAUUGUGCCCACUAGAGUAAUAACGGCAGCUGUCAUUGGGAGUCUUAUUUGCGGAUUGCUGCUUGUCAUUGCGCUGGGAUGUACUUGUAAAUUGUACUCACUCAGGAUGUUUGAGCGAAGAUCAUUUGAAACUCAUUUGUCAAGGGUUGAGGCUGAGCUAUUAAGAAGAGAAGCUCCUCCAUCCUAUGGACAGUUAAUUGCCCAGGGUUUAAUUCCACCAGUUGAAGAUUUUCCUGUUUGUUCACCAAAUCAGGCUUCAGUUCUGGAAAACCUGAGACUGGCAGUACGAUCUCAGCUUGGAUUUACCUCAAUCAGACUUCCUAUUGCUGGCAGAUCAAGUAACAUUUGGAAUCGAAUUUUUAAUUUUGCAAGGUCACGUCAUUCUGGUUCGUUGGCAUUGGUCUCAGCGGAUGGAGAUGAUGUUGCCAGCCAAAGUAGUAGUAGAGAAGCUGAAAGAAAUAAUACUCACAGAAGUCUGUUUUCAGUUGAAUCUGAUGAUACAGACACAGAAAAUGAAAGAAGAGACACAGCAGGAGCAGUUGGUGGUGUUGCCGCCACCUUGCCUCAGAAAGUCCCGCCUGCAACAGCAAUAGAAGCAACCGUGGGAGCGUGCGGGAGUUCCUCCGCUCAGAGCGGCAGUAGCGGUAACGCGGAUGGUGGAAGAGAAGCAACAAGUGUAGAGCCCCCAAGCACAAGUCCCGCACGUCACCAGCUCACGAGCGCGCUAAGUCGUAUGACUCAAGGCCUACGCUGGGUACGCUUUACUUUAGGGAGAUCCAGCUCAGUGAAUCAGAACCAAAGUCCUUUGAGACAGCUUGAUAAUGGGGUAAGUGGAAGAGAAGAGGAUGAUGAUGUUGAAAUGUUAAUUCCAGUCUCUGAUGUAGCAUCAGACUUUGACAUGAAUGACUGUUCAAGACCUCUACUUGAUCUCAGCUCAGAUCAAGGACCAGGGCUUAGACAGCCUUACAGUGCAACACAUCACGGUGUAAGGUCGUGCAGUCGAGAUGGCCCCUGUGAGAGCUGUGGCAUCGUACACACUGCCCAGAUACCCGACACUUGCUUAGAAGCAACAGUGAAAAACGAAACUAGUGAUGAUGAGGCAUUAUUACUCUGCUAGGUACGGAUUGUUUAGGAAAGACUGUGUACAAGUUGGAGCAAUAUCUGUCAUUGUUUUGUACUUCACAAUUAAAACUAGUUUUUAGGUUUAAAAAAUCCAGAAGAACAUUAUGUUAAAACUAUUUUAGCUUGUGUGAUUGAGUAAACAUCUCUUAUACUGGAUGACGUUAUGGAUCGAUGAGAGUGAACGUUUUAAUGGCUCUGAAUACAUGAUGUGUGUAUCCAGUAUAACCUGAUUACUCUUUAAACUGCAGUUAUCCCAGUUAGUUUCAAAUUUAGUUUAUCCUGGUACUGUAGUUCACACCAGAAACAUGGCUGCUCAAGACUUCUUUGGCUGCCUGUUUAACCCCAUAUUAACAGGUGAAUUUGUACAGAAUUAUUUUUCUUUAGGAAUUGACUCUGUUGUAUUACUGCCAACAUACUUGUAACUUAAUAUACUAAAUGCUGGUAAGGAUUGUUAAUGUAAAGUAUGUAUUUUUUUUCUUUGAGUUUAUACAACACUUUGUCUAAAUAUUCUUGAAUUUCAUCAUAAUGUGAACUUAUUUAAAGGGAGGAGAAACUUUCUCCAGGAGCAUUCUUUUUCUUUCAGAAGUACAAAAUGCAAUGAUUUGUGAAAUUUAGAUAUAGUAGAUAAAUUGAUGGCAAAAGCUUUUAUAGCGCUGACUUUCCUAAACUGCAAUCUACUAUGGUACAGCCAAAUAGUUUGUAAAAUCCCCAGUCAUUAGUCUUUUCGAUUGGAAGAAAAAAAAGGGCCGAAGAUACUACAAUACGUAUUACUUCUUUAAAUAUCCGAUAUGUACAAAUACA